AUGCUCGAUCGACUGCUACGGUAUAUGUAUCAACAUACAGUGCCGGAUGCUGAGUGCUGUGAUCCUGAUGCUGCUGCUGCGCCUGCUGGUGCUGCUGGUGUGGCUGCUGGUGCUGCUGGUGCCGCUGGUGCCGCUGCUGCUGCUGCUGCUGCUGCUGCUGCUGCUGCUGCUGCUGCUGCUGCUGCUGCUGCUGCUGCUGCUGCUGCUGCUGCUGCUGCUGCUGCUGCUGCUGCUGCUGUUGCUGCUGCUGCUGCUGCUGCUGCUGCUGCUGCUGCUGCUGCUGCUGCUGCUGCUGCUUCUUCUGCUGCUGCUUCUUCUGCUGCUGCUGCAGGGAGGCAAGUGAUUUCCGGCUAUGCUGCUGCUCCCUCUCCCCUUUACCCAACAGGCCUCGAUCUUGACAGGACAGCGCAUACCCCGAUCUGGACAACACGUGUGGAACCUUGCGCGCAGCAUGGAUGCCACAUCCCCGGCCCCCCUAUUCACUCAGACCUCGAUCUGGACAACACGUGGAUCAUGAAGCCGUGGAAUCUCGCGCGCAGCAUGGAUGCAACGGUGUCGCGCCACCUGGCGCAGAUCGUACGGCUGGCAGAGACCGGCCCCAAGGUGGCCCAGAAGUACAUCUCCCGCCCCGCGCUCUUCCACGGCAGAAAGUUCGACCUGCGCCUCCUGCUGCUGCUCAAGAAACUCAAGCCAUUGGAGGCGUACAUCUCCGAUGUGUUCUGGGUGAGUGGCAGUGAAUGCCCAGGGUUUCGGUGCAUGCCUGCUGGCUGGCUGGUGGUGGUGUGA